UGUGUGCUGGGUGGGGGCGCGGCACACAGCGCUGGCCUCACGCACACGCCUCACUCGCCAUCAUCAAAGUGCACGGCGCCGCCGCGUCUGCCCGUAGCGCCGCUUCUCAAGUCACUGUGGACUUGCAGCAGCGACGUCAACACCGUCAGCGCCGGGGCAGGCGACGGCAGCGUUACUCUAGAAGCGCCGCCGGCGGCGGCGGCAGCAGCAGCAGUGGCAACGCCAGGGCCGGUAGCGCGACUGGUGCCCACCAGCGUCUCAAGCGGCUCGGAGUCGUAGCCGAGCGUUCAAAGUCGCAAGAUCGCAGUCAAAACGCGCACUCGACCGCCAAUCCCCGCUGUUGGCCGGCCGCUUCGGCCAAUCAAGGACGGCAGGCAGCGCACCAGGCGGUGGCCGAAUGCGCGGACGUGACGUCGGCUGAUCGCAUCCAACACCGAGUUUUGCAUCCGGAUUCGAUCCAAUCGCGCGCGAGUGAAACUAGCAAUCAAUUGCCGUCGUCUGGUGCCGCUUUCGGAACGGGAUUGCGAAUCAACAGCUCGUAUUGGGUCGUGUUCAAUACGUGCUGUUCGCAAUUAGUGGCCGGCGGGUUCAGUUUGAACGUUGAAACGGCCAGUGCGGCAGGUGACGGCAAUUCGCCGUUUGGCGCUCGGCCGAAUCGAGAUUCUCCUGGAGACUCGAGCGAAGCGAUUCCCGAAUAUUUCCAUCAACAUUCUUGCUCGCGAGAGCAAGAGGAAAAAGAAGAAGAAGAAGAAGAAGAAGAAGAAGAAGAAGAAGAAGAAGGGCCCAGCCGUCAUCGUCACGACGCAGCAGCAGCAGCAUCAGCAGCUGUGGCGACGGAACAAGACUCGGACGCAGACGCAGAGGACGAACAAGAAGAGUCUGACGAAAUCGAGACGGGAACGGCAAGCGAAGGUGCAACAGACGAACAAGUAGAGGACGAGGAGGAGGAAGUGGAGGAAUUGAUAUCGUCCAAUAGUUUGAGCAGUUCGCCGCCUUGCCCGGACACAACGCCACCGCCUCUGCCGCCGCUCUUCAUCUUUCAUCCAUCGUCGAAGACGUCGUCCGCUUCACCUCCUCACAUGCGGAGGUGUCGCGAUUCCGAUUCAGACUCGCCGUCCAGCACAUCCCGUCACAUCGCCAACACCGCAGCUGCUGCUGCCUCUGCCGCUGCCGCUGCCGCUGCCCGGUCCGGCAACGUAGCUCCAGUCCUUACGGCCAGCCGGACCGGGGCAGCAGCAGGAGCUGGCGCCGCCUGGUACGCCACCGACACGGUUCAGUUAACAACGUUCCGGCCGUUGGCCACAGCAGCCAAAGCUCCAACGGCCGCUGUUGCUGCUGCUGCUGGUGGCGCCAUUUCCAACACGAGCCCUGGUGGCAACGGCGUCGCUCCUGCCAAAGCGAAGAGUCGCACUCUCGAUUCAUCGGACACGUCCGAUUACGAAAACCUCAGCUCUUGCACGUCGGGUCGCUAUGCCACUUUGCCCACACAGUCUCACUUUAGCGAUUGCGGAGCUGCGAGUGCCAAGGCGAGUGGCAACGAGAGCGGGUCGUAUCGCGACCCCUACGCCACGGCGUCGUCUACGACGGCGGCAGGGGUCCUCUUCCGACCGGCCGGCGGCGCCGGAUCGUUUGCUGACAAUGGCAGCGAACCGUUUCCAUCGGCCGAUCAUCAUCAGGCUAGCGCUCACACGUUGUCUCUGCAUCGGCCCAUCAAACGUUCGCAUUGGCUCAACCAAAACGGCCGACCGUCUGACGUCCUGGCUCGAGUCUUCCAAGCCAAUCAAGACUGGCUCGAUUCAAACGAUCCGCAGGACGCCGGAGCCAACUCGUCAUCGUCGGCCAAUGUCACCGUGUCCACCAUCAAGGAUGGUCGUGCAACUCAUCGCACCAGGCGUGGCAUGCCGCCGCCUGGUGGAGUUUUCCAACUGCCUCCAGCGAUGGGAUCAUUGCAACGUUUCGAUCACGGAGCGGGCGAAGUGCGUCAGUUAACGGGACCCGUUUUAGCUCCCAAUUCAUCGGCCAGCGCUCUUCUAAUGAACGCCCCUUUAGGCGGCGUUCCUACCUCGCUGUUGCUGCAACAACAACAACAACAACAACAACAACAACAGCAACAACAACAACAGCAACAACAACAAUUGCUGCCGCUCAUGUCUUUCGGCCCACCGUUCCUAAUGCAACCGACAGCCACGUCAGCCAUGUCGCUGCCGGCUAGUGUUAGCAGUAGCAUAGCUCACCUCCAGCAACACCAUCAGCAGCAACAACAACAACAACAACAGCAGCAGCAAGUUCAAUUACAGCAGCAACAACAGCAACGCGAGGGGGGCAAUCGCAAUAAUCACAGCGGCCACACGCACGCCAUCCAACUGCAAACGUCUUUGGAAAUGGCGCCCGUUGUUUGCCCCGCCCUCUGCGAGAUUCGCACCCAAUUGCAAGAAUUGACCCGAUCUGUUGAGUCUUGUCAAAACGAGGUGAGCGACAUGAAACGUGACAUGUCCACUAUACGACACGAGGUCGAAUCAGUUCACCACGUCAAAGAAGAUAUUGACGAUCUGCGCGACUGCAUCGAUAAGUUACAAGAACAAAAUCGACGUAGGAAGAUGAGAUUACUCGAACAGGGACUGACGGGCUUCCUCAUCUACGCCAUAUUUGCCGCCGUGCUUGGAAUGCUCCAGUUCGGAUACAAUACGGGAGUCAUCAACGCACCGCAAGGAGUGAUCGAGGAGUUUAUCAAAGAUGCCUACCACUCACGUUACGGAGUUAAGAUUGCCGAUGGCUGGGAGAAAAUCAUCUUUUCAAUCACCGUCUCCAUUUUUGCGAUUGGCGGGAUGAUUGGCGGCGUCGGAGGCGGAUUCGUCGCCAAUCGAUUUGGCAGGAAACGUGGCCUCCUGCUGAAUAAUGCAACGGGUAUUCUCGGAGCUGCUCUGAUGGCUUUCUCCAAAGCGGCUCAGUCCUACGAAAUGCUCAUCAUUGGAAGACUGAUCAUCGGAUUCAAUUGCGGAUUGAAUACGUCGUUGGUCCCUAUGUACAUUUCGGAAAUCGCUCCGCUCAAUUUGCGCGGUGGCUUGGGGACGGUGAACCAAUUGGGGGUCACCGUUGGAAUCCUUUUCUCGCAGAUUUUAGGCAUUCAAGAAAUUCUCGGCACCGAAAGUGGAUGGCCGCUGUUACUAGGUUUAGCCGUAUGCCCUGCCAUCUUGCAAUUAGUCCUUUUUUCGUUCUGCCCCGAAUCUCCGCGCUAUCUCCUCAUCACAGCCAAUCGCGAAGAAGAAGCCAGGAUUGCAAUGAAACGUUUGAGGGCCUCUAGCCAGAUUGAAGAAGACAUGGAAGAAAUGCGAGUCGAGGCCCAACAAUCUGAAGCGCACAUGGGAAUGUUGGAAUUGCUCAAAUCGCGCGCCUUGCUCAUGCCCCUUGGCAUUGGCAUAGUUAUGCAGCUUUCGCAGCAAUUGUCGGGAAUCAAUGCCGUGCUGUACUAUUCCACUGAGCUUUUCAUCGGUGCUGGUUUAGCUAGCGAAUCUGCCAAAUACGCCACUAUUGGUGUGGGCGCCAUUAUGGUGGGCAUGACCCUCGUGUCGAUUCCAUUAAUGGAUCGGGCUGGCCGUCGCACCCUUCAUCUAUGGGGUCUUGGGGGCAUGUUCAUUUUCAGCAUAUUCAUCACUAUCUCUUUGCUUGUUAUGGAAUUAAUCGAAUGGGUUCGCUACGUGGCGGUCGUGGCUACACUAACCUUUGUGCUGUUCUUCGCCGUUGGUCCCGGCUCCAUUCCAUGGAUGAUUACAGCUGAAUUAUUCAGUCAAGGCCCACGACCGGCUGCCAUGUCCAUCGCCGUACUGGUAAACUGGCUGGCAAAUUUUCUUGUUGGUCUCUUCUUUUUGCCUCUCAAGGGGGCGCUACACAACUACAUUUUCUUGCCAUUCAGCGUCCUGUUGGCAUUCUUCUGGGUAUUCACUUACAAAAUCGUGCCAGAAACGAAAAACAAGACGUUUGACGAAAUUUCGGCUCUAUUUCGCCGCAAUGAUCGUGAGGAAUUCGCAACGCAGAAUUGCAUUCUGACUUCCAGUGGCGUUGGAUCUAGCACCCUUGCCGUUCCUGUGCCAUCCGGCACUCCUGCUCACACAGAGAGCACGGCGCUUCUGGCCGACAUCCGUACCAUCAAAAUCAACGCGUCGUAGUAGGAAUCAGAAUCCAUUUUCCCAUAAACUAUUUCUUCAUCCUUCCAUUUAUGUCCUCUUAUCUCUUUGGCCUCUCUCCCACUAAUUUAUCUCAUCUCCCCAUGUUCUCGUACAAUAACCGUGUUGAGAAACAUGGCUUCCUAAAUCAGAAGUACAUCGGUACAUCAGUAGCCUUUUUGUUCGAUACACAAAGACGAAGAAUACCGGCUCAACAUGGAAGCUCGACUCCUCUUUCAUUCUUUUUUAUUAUACAUAUACAUAUGAAAAAAAAGAGGUUUUAAAAAACGUUCAAAAAGGAAAAAAAGAAAAGAAA